AGCAGGAUCAGCUUUCAUCAUGGGGAAGUGCUUUCGCUCCCCUCACAGGCUUUUCGCACUGGAACUGCUGAGAGAAACGGAGGAGGAAACAAACUAACUCCGCUCCUCAGACACCACAGCAAAAGCCAGCAAUCCAAGGGGAAUCCUCAAGGUACAUUAUUAGGUUUUCGCUUUUUUUUUUCUUCAUGCUGUUUUUUUUUUUCCGUGAUGAGGUGGAAGACGGGGUAAUUAUUUAAGACUAAUUUGCUGAACAGUUCCCUAGCUGCGCUGAGUCUGGCAGCCUUCUCCCAUAAUCAGCUUGUGUCCCACAAAGCGAGCCCAGAGGAGAGUGUUUGUGUUUAUGCUUUGACCGUUCGGGGGACCGACUGUGCCGCACAGAUGUGUUAUUCCCGCAGCUUCUGGACUUUUUUUAAAGUAAUUGAGAAGACUACCUAAACCCAACAAUCUGGUGUUUUUUUUUCUUCUUAAACCUCAAAUGGUACUAAGGACGAUAUUGGACGCACCGAAUUCUCGGAAGUUUUCUGUCUGUGGACAGCAAUUGUAACAUAUAAGCUUUAUAUAUAAAAAAUCCUAAACAAUUACGGAUACCAUAUACAUUUACUUUUACGCACCUUACGUGUUGGUGUUACUUUUUGUGUACUUAAUGCUGGAACAGCCUUGAUGUGAGGGCUAAUGGGGUGCAGCCCAUUUGAAGGUGGAGUGUGCAUUGGAUAGGGGAUCUGAAGCACAGCCAGCCAGCUUGUUUGGCGCCUUGUGAGCUGCUUUCAUGAGGUAACGGUGGGGAAAAGUGGAAAAGGGACCCCCACUCCCCACCCCCAAAACAACCAGUGCUCCCCCACCCCCUCACCCCCUGUCCUCCUUCGGCUCUGCGGUCAAGCGAUGGGUCAAAAAAUCUCAGGGAGCAUAAAGUCUGUCGAUGUGAGGGAGCCCGCGUACCGACCGGUCAAACGGGAGCUAAGGGGUCCUGACUUUUGCAAGCCAGCCCGCCUCGACAUGCUACUGGACAUGCCAUCUGCGACCUUGGACGUCCAGCUGAAACACGCCUGGAACAACGAAGACCGCUCGCUUAACAUCUUCGUCAAGGAGGACGAUAAGCUGACCUUCCACAGGCACCCUGUCGCGCAGAGCACGGACUGCAUUCGGGGGCGUGUGGGCUACACUAGGGGCUUGCACGUUUGGCAGAUCCACUGGCCCACCAGGCAGAGGGGGACUCAUGCUGUGGUGGGGGUGGCGACUGCGGAGGCCCCCCUGCACUCUGUGGGGUACACCUCCCUCGUGGGCAGCAACUGUGAGUCGUGGGGCUGGGACCUGGGGCGCAACAAACUGUACCACAACAGCAAGAACCAGCCAGGGGAGACCUACCCUGUGUUUUUGGAACCGGAUGAAUCUUUUGUGCUGCCCGAUUCUCUGUUGGUGGUGCUGGACAUGGAUGAGGGGACACUGAGUUUUAUAGUGGAUGGGCAAUAUCUGGGAGUGGCCUUUAGAGGACUCAAGGGGAAAAAACUCCAUCCCAUCGUCAGCGCGGUGUGGGGGCACUGCGAGAUCACAAUGCGAUACAUCAAUGGCCUUGAUCCGGAGCCUCUUCCCCUAAUGGACUUGUGCCGGAGAUCAAUUCGCCUAGCCCUUGGCAGAGAUCGACUGCAUGAAAUAGAAACGCUACCCCUUCCUCAGUCUUUGAAAAACUAUUUACAAUACCAGUAAAUGAGGAACACUUCUGGACCUGGCUGGACAAAAUCAAUGCAAACAGCGGAAGCUAUUGUUUACAUUGAGAGAUGCGUCUCUGUGGUGGACACUUGAGUUUUAUUUAAUAUAUUGUUAUUCUUAAUCAAUAUGGGCAGAGCUCUACAGAACUGUAUAGGAACUAAUGCAGGAGACAGAUGCACCAACCCCCCUUGAACGUUGUUUACAUGAUCAGAAAAGACAGUAACCUUGGGAUGUCUACUUUCUUAAAUAUCGAGCCUUGUCACACCCUCUAUAGCCUUCUACAAGGCUUUAAGUACUAUUGCUAAGUAGUCAUUCUAUUUAAAAAUGAGGGUCCAAUCAAUUGCAAGAGUCUAUUAAGUGUGAAGUAUUAGCUAGGUCCAAUACAGUAUAAUUUGGUAUUUGUUUGAAUUUAGCAUAAGCCUGGCUAAACAAAUUAUGGCAAUUCCAACUUAAUUUCAAGUUCCCUGGAAGUUCUGCAUGACCAUGUGUCAUUGAGCUCUUUGCUAAAGUGAAACUUUUUAAACUAAUCACCUUUUCAAAGCUUACGUCACUUUUUUUUAUUUCAAACAAAAUUUAAUUUGUACCUUUUAAACUCUUAAUGUAUGUGUGAUUUCUAAUGUUUAUUUAUCUAUCCAGACGAUUUCUUCUUUAUUUAAGCUGUUAUCCAGGUAAAAGACCUGGCUGAGAUCUGAAAAAAGAUUUUUCUUUUUUUAACAAGAUGCUGCUUUUCCUUUUUUUCUAAUAUUAAAAGUUAUCUGCCUGAUCAGUUAUCUAGUUUGUGACUGGAAAUUGUUGAAAUGGCAGGAAGUCGAAUGUAUGGACAAUGCUGCCCUUAGCAUAUUUAAUGUGAAUAAAACAAGAAUGAAGGAGA